UCAAACUCCCUGUUCGCGCCUCUCAACGUUGCCACAUUGGGACGCUUGGCGAAUUUAAGACAGUUUUUAAAAGACAGAAGUGACAAGUGAAAUCGAGUACAUGUAACUUAUAUUCAUAACCAAUUGUAAGAAUAAUGUAAUGAAAAACUUGUAAAACCAUUAAACAAUAAAAAUCAAAUCAAAAAUCCUCAGGGUUUUAUAACCCAAAUUACAUGGUCCUUCGAGUCAAAUUCAGUAAUACAGUGCAACUAAAGUGGAAGUCCGAGUUUCUGUGCAAGGCAAUUCCCACAGAAACUAACUGAGGAAACACGGCAUAAUCCAAAGAAGCAACGUCAGAUCAGAAGUUAAUUAAGGUCAGUGCGUUCCAUUUACACUUAUUCCUAUUCGGAUCCAACCUUAAGUUAACUACAAGCUUGCUUCUACAAAUCGAAAAUCUAUCGGAUAUUACCGAUAACGAUCUUGAUCAGGAAACGGAAGCAUUUGAGGAUACAUAUUUUAAAUAUAUAGGUGUAGCCAAAUCAAUUGUUGAUAGACAUAUCCCAGAAAGUCGAAAUGGGAGUGUUGAUGGGGUCGAUACUACCUCCCAAUCCCAAGUGCAAUCACUUGAAAAUCAAUUUCAACAAUUUAAUAUAAAGCUUCCGCCUAUGCCUUUGCCUUCCUUUGACGGCGCAUACGAUCAGUGGUUGUUUUUUAAAGACACAUUCGUCUCAUUGAUCCAUGAAAACGAAGCCAUCCCAAAUAUUCAGAAAUUUCAUUAUCUACGCUUGUCUCUGAAAGGUUCCGCUGCAGACCUUCUCAAAUGCCUACAAAUAUCGGCAAGUAAUUACUCCAUUGCAUGGGAUCUUCUAGUAAAAAGAUUUGAGAAUUCACAAAUUUUGAUACGGUUCCAUAUUAAAGCCUUAUUCGACCUUGAAAUGCAGCCAAUCGAUUCCUGGGAUGCUCUUGUUAUUCACAUUAUUUCAUUAAAAUUAGAUAGUGUAACCCGCAAAGAAUGGGAAAUUGAGUAUUCCAAGCUAAAUGUUAGUAACCUUAAAGUGUUUACAGCCUUUUUACAAGAAAAGUCCAAACUUCUAGAGACGCUUUUCAUGAAUAAUCCUUCAAAUAUUCUAUCAAAAGGAAAAAGACAUUCCUUUGUAGCUUCCAAUAGUCCUAGAUGUUCGUUUUGCAACAAAGAACAUACGGUCUACAAUUGCAAAGCCUUUUUAGAGUUAAAUGUGAAUGUGUCGUAAGUGUUCAAAAAAGCACAAUACUUUACUCCACAACAACACCUUUUCUCAAGAACAAACGUCAAAUAAUGCAUCAUUUAGUUAUCCGCAGGCAGCAAUCAAUGAUAACCAAUUUUCAAGAGCAGAAUCAGUGAGCAAUGACAAUAAGCUCAAUUCUGAUUUCUCCUCGUGUAUUGCUGUCUACCGCAAUUGUAGAUGUCUUGGAUUCCGAUGGCAACGUACAUUCCUGCAGGGUAAUGCUGGACAGUGGAAGUGAAUCUAGCUUUAUUACUGAGAAAAUGUUCAAUAAAUUAAACUUGUGCACUACCAGCACUAACAUAUCUGUAUC